ACUGCGAACGCGCGCGAGCGAGACCGCACCAACAGUGUGAACACGGCCUUCACGGCGCUGCGCACGCUCAUCCCCACGGAGCCCGCCGACCGCAAGCUCUCCAAGAUCGAGACGCUGCGCCUGGCCUCCAGCUACAUCUCGCACCUGGGCAACGUGCUCCUGGUGGGCGAGGCCUGUGGCGACGGGCAGCCGUGCCACUCGGGGCCAGCCUUCUUCCACGCGGCGCGCGCCGGCAGCCCUCCGCCCCCGCCAGCCCCAGCCCGCGACGGCGAGAACGCCCAGCCCAAACAGAUCUGCACCUUCUGCCUCAGCAACCAGAGAAAGUUGAGCAAGGACCGCGACAGAAAGACAGCGAUUCGAAGUUAGGAGGUGGGCCCACAGCGGCCAGGAGGCAGAUGCUGCUGGGGGAGGUGGACACCCCUGGGUGAGCCACGGAGAGCCCCCACCUUGGACCAGACAUGGGCAAGGCCUGCUGAGAGCAUGCCCCCUGGGCCAGCACCGCCCUGGCUGUGAGCAGGGUCGCUGGACAGACAGACGGACAGACAGGCGGCAGGGGCAGGACUCUGAGCUGGCCCCAGCACCUGCCCAGGCCCACUGGAACUUUCCAUGCUGGCUUCCUGCCUGGGUUUUCUUCCGGUCACUAUGUGUUGGCAUCUUAUGUCUUUGAUAUGAUAAUAUAAAGUCUGGAAAUUUUGUAUAAUUAAAAACAAAACAAUAUCUUCAAA